AGUAUGGUCCCUACUAGAACGAAUAAUAAAAUUAUUGUCAGUCUAUACACGUGUUUGACCUAUGAUGUUUCAAAACAUAAUGGCUAGUAGUCGAAAUAACGUUCUUAGCCUUUAUCGAAAUUUAAUUCGAGAAAGUAAAAAAUGGAAUUCUUAUAAUUAUCGGAUGUAUGCUUUGCGUAAAAUUCGACACGAAUUCCAUGAAAAUAAAACUCUACAGGAUAAGGAAAAGAUUAAUGAAUGUUGUGAAAAAGGAAAGGAAGCACUUGAAAUUAUCAAAAGACAAGCACUUAUUGGAAAUCUUUAUAGUACCAGACCACUUAUUAUUGAAACUAUGAAGAAUAAAAGUGAAUUGAGCUGUAAAGAUCCAAAAUAAGGUUAAAGAAAUGUUGUAUGAAGAAGACUUCAAUGAUGAAUGUUAAACAAGAAACUGUUAUUUAUUAUUACUCAAUUGGAAAUAAGUAUAAAUAGUACAAAUUAAACAAAUGUACAUAUGGUAUUAAAAAUAUUCAACAAUUAAAAAAAA